CAUGAUUUGAAUAAUGGCUAUACCUUGAACUACUAUACUCGACACGGCCAGCCGGUCAGUUGUUUAUUCUAAGAAGUUAACAAUAUAUACACAAAACAGUUAGGAGUGUAUCUAUAAUUUCUUACAAUGUGUGAUGUGAACGAAGACAAAUUAAAUGCAGAGCAGAUGCUUCAAAAGAAGAAAAAAGUCUUAGUAGGGAGUACAUGCAUGAAAUGCAAAGAAAAUAAAGCCAUUGUUGUCAUUAGGGUAAAUGAUCCAAUGUGCAGGUCAUGCUUUCUGGUUUAUGUGACACACAAAUUUCGCUCCACACUUGGGAAGGCACGACUUAUUAAACCAAACGAUAAAGUUUUGCUUGCCUUAUCAAGUGGUCACUCUUCAAUGGCUAUGUUGCAUCUUGUAAAUGAGGCUUUAAGUGAAAGUGCACACAAAAGAUUGAAGUUUGAGCCAGGAGUAGUUUUUAUAGACGAACGAGAUGUGUUAUCGGAUAAUAAAAGUUACGACUUCGCUGCAUUAAAAGAUGUGACUGAAAAACUUGGUUAUCCUUUUUAUACUGUUCCAAUACAUAAGAGAUUUCAAGCAGAUGCAGACGAGGGAGAGGUGAAUUCUAAAAAACGAUUUUGCGAGUGUUUUAAUUCUAUAAACACACUGUCUGCAAAAAUUGAAUUUUUAUCAGCAACAAGAAUGUCAUUAAUUGUUGAUACUGCUCGGAAAUACAAUUUCACAAAGAUUAUGUUUGGUGAAACUGCAACCACACUAACGAUGAAGCUACUUUGUAACGUAGCACAAGGUCGAGGAGCCAACAUAGCACAGGAUAUGGGUGUGUCAGAUAACAGACAUUCUAAUAUAACUCUUAUACGGCCUAUGAGGGAAUUUUCAUCAAAAGAAGUGGCCAUUUAUAAUCGCUUACAUGAAAUUGAAGUCAAUCCACUCCCGAACCUGCACACAAUGACAACCAGUGGUUCAAGUCUACAUAGACAAACUGAAGAGUUUAUAACUGGCUUGCAGGCGGAUUUCCCUUCGACAGUCAAUACAGUGUUUAGGACAAGCGACAAGUUAUGUGUAAACGCUGAUUUGAAAGUUUCAGACAAAAAAUGUCUUCUGUGCCAGAGCGUGCUGCUAAUGGAAGAAGAAGAGAGGGAAAAAAUCGUUGCUUCUCAAGGUCAUUGUUGUGGUUCUAGUGAUGAGUGUAACAGUGGAAAGCUUCGGUUAAAAGCUGAAGAUGUUAGAUCUCUGUUAUGUUAUGGAUGCAAGUUAACAUUUAAAGAUAUGGGUAAUCGAGUAGAAUUGUUACCAGAAAAGUUGUUGCAAGAUGUAAGCGUGGAAAUGAAAAGGAGCAAGAUGAAGGAGAGCAUACAGGAUUUCCUCCUGGAGUGAUAAUUAAGUUUUGUAGAUAUUUUGUUUUAUAAAAAGAAAAUUGUCAGCAUUA